CGUGCAUAAUUCAAUAAACUAAUAUAAAACAAAAAACAUUGUGCGUCUAUUGUUUCCUUAUAAAACGAAAGAAACAUUUCGGACAACCUAAUACUAUAAUCUUCAUUGCAUUCUAGUGUAACAUGAUCCAAGAACUGUUUUGGUUACAUCCAAAAAUCGUUAGAUUUCGAAGACUCGAGGUGCAGCAUUUAUUCAUAUUUUUGCAUAUAUCUGAUGAGCUUUUUAAUUACAGCACUCGGGAUAUUUUCACGUUUCCAAACGAUCUUCCUAUUUACCACGUCACUUUACACUCUUUUCGUCUUCUCUGUCGUUUAGUUCAUUUAAAAUUAUUUGAAACAUUUGCAACGUACGACGUAUCCCAGCAUCUCAUAGCACUGCAUCGCCAAAAAUCUGGUAAAAUCCAGCAAAAGCUUCCAGAGAAACGAAACUUAUUGUUUUAGACUUUCAGAAAAUAUUUUUUCCUCUUCAGAGAACCCACAAUUGUAAUGGAUGAAUAAACGUUGAUAUUUUCAUGAACGGUGCUGUAGCAAUUUCAUAUAACGCGAUGCAGAAGCCAAUUAUUAAACAGCCAAGUAAUGAUAAACCUAUAAUUUCUCUAAAAUAUAUUUACAAAAUAAAUGUAUAAUAAUAAUAAAUGUUUCGUCUGCGAUAAAUACAAAACUCGUACAAUAAACACUUUCGACUUUUAAACUUUAGCAUAGGAUGGAAAAAUCACAAUAAGAUUUACAAGUACAGUGGCUAAAAUAUCGACGCAUAUCGCAUUUCUAUCGAGUUUUAUGUUCCAUCUGCAAGGCAUCGCAUUUUUGCAGCUUUGUGAGGAUAUUGCUAGAUAUCAUACAAUUUUAAUGUACUUGGACCUAAUUGAUUAGUAUGUGAUGCUAUACACUGACGUGGUGUGAUACCUUUUGCAGCCACUGUAUCUACAGAAUAUCGGGUUUUAAUACUUCCGUGCAAUCAUUUCCUCAACUAUUCGCUAUCGAGAAAAUGUUGCAAAUGAAACACCGUCUGUUUCGAAGUGGAUUACGGAUGGCUGCCAAUAAAUUACUGGAACAAGUUUCGAGGGGUUGGAACUAUUCAGGGUCAGAACGAACCAAUAUAUUGAUUGGCAAAGUUGUCCCCUCGAAUGCGCAAGAUAAAGAACAAUUUCUAGGCAGUUAGCGAAAGGAGAUUUUAAACGUUAACCCUUUGCACUCGGAAUUUUAUUUCAAUUUCGUUACCAGCAGCUGCCAACGCUUUUAAGUGUUUUACUUGAAAUUUACUUUAACUAAAAAAUAAGAGAAUUUAAAUAAAUAAAGAAAGAAAGAUAUUCACUUAAAUAUCAGUUUUAUUCACAUUUGCUAUUGUUGCAUUUUGUAAUUUUUAAGCGUACGAUAUAUCUCGAAACAAUUUCCAGGAUGCAAUUCUGGUUUUCUUUCGCACGUUUCACAAAAAAGGGUGGACAUGACAGAAUGUCGAGUUACACUCGACAUAGGAGUGCAAAGGAUUAACGAAUAACGUUGAACGAUUAUUGACUGGCCGGAAGGCCAAUGUAUUUUAGCAAAUUAGUGAAUUCAUUUUUGGAAAAAAUGUCAUUUUCAUGUUUGGCUCGAUAGAAAUAUAUUUUAAAAUCCUAGAGAAAUUUCAAUAGGAUAUUUUCCUCGGAACAGGGUAGGUUCUAUAGUGUCCAUUUUUAAAUUUGUCGUAAUAUGUUAAAUAUAUUAACACGUAUUAUAUUCUUAUUAAUAACAUAAAUCGAUGAGAUAUUGAUAUAUUAAUAUAAUUUUACAUUAUAAUACAAGACAAAACUGAAGAUACAGAAAGCUUUUUUAAUGAAACCUGGAAACAAUGAACAUUUCUCCUAAAACUGUGUUUUCGCCUGUGAAGAAAUAUAAACUCAACGUUGACUCUGUUACGUUUUCAUUCAACUUUUAGUGGACUUUUUCCUGCUUUUAAUUGCUUCUACUAAUUCGUUAGGUAUUUUAUUAUUUUUCUGAGUAACACGAUAUUUUCUAAGGUAACUUCUGAUCGCAAAUUUUUCUCGCUAGAAUUCCCCACAGCUUCUCCAUCGAAUCAGGAUUAGAUGCUGGCCAUCGUAAUAAUUCUACCCGGAAAUGUUGAAACUAGUUUUUCCUAGCAAUGGCUGUACGAGUAGCCGCUGAAGUCUCGUUGAAAAAUUGUCUUUUGUCUUCUACUUCGGCUACGAAAGGCAAUAAUUCGCCAUGUAACAUCUCCCGAUAUGCCAUAGCGUUUAAUUUAUUUAUUUACAAAAAUAAUUUCACUUAACGUAUCCAGACACGAUCGAUGAUUUCUUGAAAAUGUUGAGGAAAUGUAAAAAUAAUGUAAAUAAAAAAUAUGUUUGAGUCCACGAUUAUUUAAACAUAUAGAUUUGUUUAAUAAAUCGAUCCUUGUAAACAUGGCUGAAAAACAGUGUACGAGAGCAACAUACAUUAUUUUAUUAAUAUUUCAGCAACAUAUAUAUAUAUCGAUGCAGCGUUUUGCUUAAAUUUGUCGAGCCGUAUAUUCCAUUGAGAAAUAUCUCAAAUGCAAAGAAAUAUGUUACGCGUGUGUAACGUGCGCAUGUUAUCAGAGAUUAAUAGCUACAUACAUCAGCGAUUCCUGUGAGAAAGUUCAUAGACCUGCUAUCACGCGUAACUCUUGAUUGAACGAUUUCGAGGAAGAAACAUUCGACCUUCGAUCCUAAUAAAUCACAGUUAAACGUUUACGGUGCGGAUUCUCGUCGAGAGGAUACGAUCACGCAGUGAGAAACCGAAUCCGGAGCUGUACAAUUUAGAUAAAUUGUCUGGGUGGGCGCACAGGGGAGAACACGUGCGACCUCUAACACUGGCAUUGCAAUCUGCCCGCUGUAAUUCAUGCUUCGUACAAGCACCUACUUCACCGACCUGUGAAUAUAGAAUUCCUUUUCUUUUCUUUUUCUUUUUCUUUUCUUUUUUUUUUUUUUUUAAUCGUUCACGUUCUAUCAUAAGAAAUCCAUCGAAACCGCAAAGUUCUAUUUAUCGAAAACGUGACCAGCUUGCAACACAGCGAGCGGAAGAAUAGAAGAACUAGCUUACUUUGGUUUUAUUACAUAAUUCUCGGUUAUCCGAUAGUUUUACGUAACAGUUUCAAAGAUCUGUUUAAUGUUUCUCCUAAUCGCUAGUUCCUUUUUACAUUUUUUAUUGUACGUGUAUAUAUUGUCUUGGGAAAUUAAGUUUGACCGACAAUUUUUAAGUAAUUCGAUCAUUUCAAUGGUAAUAGUAAUGUAUCAUAUUUCUCUAUUGAUUAAUUCAACUUUGCUAGUAAGAGUAAUUUUUCAUGUUUCUGUAUUAAUUAACCAUUCAAUGUCAACUGCAAUGUCUCAUAUUUCUCUAGUAAUUCAUUCAAUAACCUUGAUGAUAACAGUAAUUACUCGUAUUUCUGUAACAGCUAACUAGUCAAUGUUAGUAACAAUAUCUCAUAUUUCUCUAUUUAUUAAUUCAAUAACUUUGAUGUGAACAAUUCCUCAUAUUUCUAUAUCCAUUAACUCAAUACCUUCAACAGUCAAAAUAUUUCAUCAUUUUCUAUCGAUGAUGUAUCAUAUUCGAGAAACGAAAAUAUAUUCUGCUAACAUACAAGAAGAGAAUGGGUUUCAUACCCAUUUGUCUCGUGUUUCUCUAUUAAUUAAUUCGAUAACUUUGGUACUAAUAACAAUUCCUCACAUUUCCGUAUCGAUUAACUCAAUACCUUCAACAGCAAAAAUAUUUCAUCAUUUUCUAUCGAUGAUGUAUCAUAUUCGAGAAACGAAAAUAUAUUCUGCUAACAUACAAGAACAGAAUGGGUUUCAUCAUACCCAUUUGUCUCGCGUUUCUCUAUUGAUUAAUUCGAUAACUUUGGUACUAAUAACAAUUCCUCAUAUUUCCGUAUCGAUUAACUCAAUACCUUCAACAGUCAAAAUAUUUCAUCAUUUUCUAUCGAUGAUGUAUCAUAUUCGAGAAACGAAAAUAUAUUCUGCUAACAUACAAGAACAGAAUGGGUUUCAUCAUACCCAUUUGUCUCGCGUUUCUCUAUUGAUUAAUUCUAUAACUUUGGUACUAAUAACAAUUCCUCAUCUUUCCGUAUCGAUUAACUCAAUACCUUCAACAGCAAAAAUAUUUCAUCAUUUUCUAUCGAUGAUGUAUCAUAUUCGAGAAACGAAAAUAUAUUCUGCCAACAUACAAGAACAGAAUGGGUUUCAUACCCAUUUGUCUCGUGUUUCUCUAUUGAUUAAUUCGAUAACUUUAGUACUAAUAACAAUUCCUCACAUUUCCGUAUCGAUUAACUCAAUACCUUCAACAGCAAAAAUAUUUCAUCAUUUUCUAUCAAUGAUGUAUCAUAUUCGAGAAACAAAAAUAUAUUCUGCUAACAUACAAGAACAGAAUGGGUUUCAUACUCAUUUGUCUCGCGUUUCUCUAUUGAUUAAUUCCAUAACUUUGGUACUAAUAACAAUUCCUCAUCUUUCCGUAUCGAUUAACUCAAUACCUUCAACAGCUAAAAUAUUUCAUCCUUUUCUAUCGAUGAUGUAUCGUAUUGGAAGAACGAAAAUAAAUUCUGGAAGCAUAGAAGAACAGAAUUGUCUCGUAGCCAUUCGCCAAGAAUUUUCACGUACGUUAUUUUUAUAG